AUCAAACCAAAGAGAAAAAGAAAGGAGAAGAAGCAUUCUCAGGGGGUUCAAUUCAACAAAAGAAGCUAUUUUUACAACUUUGUCGCCGAUCAGCUGAAUGAACGGUCCAGAUCAAUUCAAGACAUUAAUCAACGGACUAGAUUAUCUCGUGAUAAAAUCGGUACAUAAAGCCAGGGUUUUUUUGGCAUAGUGAGCGAGACUUGAAAGACGUUGAGGGGUUUUGUCACGACCGGCGAGAACUGAAGACGCUUCCAGAGAUUAUCAUCGUCACCCACAGAAUUGACCAAGAUGCAUUACAUGGGUUUGUUUAGUAAAGCUGGAAACAUAUUUAGGCAACCUAGAGCGUUGCAGGCUUCGAACGCUUUGUUACAGGGAAAUCUUUCUUUGACUCCAUCCAAACUCUUUGUUGGAGGUCUCUCACCAACUACUGAUACAGAUCUCUUGAAAGAAGCUUUUGGCAGUUUUGGAAAAAUCGUUGAUGCUGCGGUAGUUUUGGAUCGUGAAAGUGGUAUUUCUAGGGGCUUUGGUUUCGUAACAUAUGAUUCCAUUGAGGAUGCUAAUAACGCAAUGCAAUGUAUGAAUUAUAAGGAACUUGAUGGGCGAAUAAUUGGAGUGAAACCAGCUGAUUCAGGAGGUGGUGGUGGUGGGGGUGGCGGUGGCGGUGGCGGUUUUGCUAGAAGGGGAGGUUAUGGUGGUGGUCGUGGGGGAUACGGUCGUGGGGGAUUUGGUCGUGGUGGAUUUGGUGGGGGUGGCUUUGGCUUUGUUCGUUAACUGGGCAUCCAGGAAUGUUAUCACCGAGGUUGAUUAGUGUGUGGUUUGGUUUUCUCUUCACAAAGACCACUCUUUUGAUAUAAUAAUGUUUGUGAUGAUGUUUGAACAAACAGAUCAAGCGGCUAAAGUUAGCAAAAUAAAACAUUUGUUGGUUCAA